UCUUUGAUUCGCUUCCGGUGUCAGUUUUGUCAGUGCUCCUAGCACGCUAGUUACUAGGUAAUGUUGACCGCCUGCGUUCACUGUUUAUUUUCACACCUGUCUCUUCUUUAAUCUGAGGGUGUUUUCUUCAAGCGCCAUAAACAUGGUUUUCUACUUCACCAGCGCAGUUGUCACACCACCCUAUACCAUCUACAUGGGGAAAGACAAAUAUGAAAACGAGGAUCUCAUAAAAUACGGAUGGCCUGAGGACAUUUGGUUUCAUGUGGAUAAACUCUCCUCGGCACACGUAUACCUGAGAAUGCCCAAGGGAAAGAUGAUAGACGACAUACCCAAAGAGGUUCUGAUCGAUUGUGCACAGCUCGUAAAGAACAACAGUAUUCAAGGCUGCAAAAUGAACAACAUCAAUGUUGUUUACACGCCAUGGGGCAACCUGAAGAAAACCGGAGACAUGGACGUGGGUCAGAUUGGCUUUCACCGUCAGAAAGAGGUGAGAACUGUGGCGGUAGAAAAGAAAAUCAACGAAAUCGUCAAUCGGUUGGAGAAGACGAAGGAGGAGAAGUACCCCGAUCUCGCAGCAGAGAAAGAGUCCCGAGACAGAGAGGACCGGAACGAGAAAAAGGCUCAGAUUCAGGAGGUGAAGAAAAGGGAAAAGGAAGAAAUGAAGAGGAAAAAGGAGCAGGAGGAGCUGAGGAAUUAUUCUUCACUUAUGAAGAGCGAAAACAUGACCACAAACGAGGAUGGAAACGAUUCUGACGAUUUUAUGUAACUGGAAAUAAAGAUUUGCAAUGCAGACCUGACAUCUUAAACCGUGCGCAUGCUCAGAGGAACGCCACUGUGUGUGCUGUAAUGGAGGAACUUGCUUGCUGUGCAUCGUAAACACUACCUGUGCCAAUAAAGCAUUCUGCCUGGACCAUAUUGGAGCAAAUUUACCUAUGGCUCCUUAAAAAACACCAAACAAGAAAAAAAGCAACAUCUGAUGUGUUGGGGCUUCAUGAAGCGAGGAUUUUUUUCUGGGUAUCUUUGUUGAUUUUUCUACAGUGCAAAUUUUUAUUUUCAGUAUGUGCUUUGGAGGGAUGGAAUGGCAUUGUUUUAUUAUUCCUUAACUGAUUCUCUAUCAGUGAUGCAUUUCUUUCCAGAUUUUUCCAGAUCAGGGCUUGGAUGGAUUGUGUAGUUUCAUGUGCUGUAAAUCCUGGCUCAGUUCUUUUCUUUAGGCGUGAUGAGAGCCAGAUGCUACUACAAGCCCAUUGACUCUGCGAUGCAUGGCAUAUAUGCUAGCCCUGGUUCAUUUCUUGUUUGGAUGCAAGACAAUAAAUCUUAAAAAAACA